AUGAAGAAACGUGAUAAAGAUGCAAACCCACCCCAAAAUGUCAUCCUCGCAAGAUAUAUAAGAGAUGUCACAAACAAGAAUGAAUCUCCUAAUACCAAAGAAACAGAUAGCACUAAGGAUGAUGAUUAUGAAAAUGCUUUUAAUGGAGAGAUGGAUUUGAGUCUGGAUGCUACAACACAGACCAUAGAACCAUUGGCUAGUAUGUCCACAACAUCAUGCUAUGCUCCCGAGCCAGCUACAACAUUUUCAUGGGAUGAUUACUUUACAAAUGUUUGUGAAUCCAUGGAUGACAUUGAGAUGCUCAUGCAAGGAUGGGACUAA